AUGACUGUGGAAAAUAGCUCCAUUAAGCUAACAAAUGAACACAUAAACUUUCUCAACGAAAGGUUGCAACAGUUGUCGCCACAAGAGUUGAUAAAAUGGGUGUAUUUAACUUUCCCCAACGUUUAUCAAACUACAGCUUUUGGGUUGACUGGAUUGGCUAUCACUGAUAUGAUUUCAAAAAUACCUGACUGUAAAAUAGAUUUGAUUUUUGUUGAUACACUUUACCAUUUCCCACAGACGCUUGACUUAUUAAACAGGGUACAAGAUCGCUACAAAGAUUCCAAAGUCAAUGUAUUUCAACCAUCAGGCGUUUCUACUGAACAAGAAUUUGUUGCAAAAUACGGAGACCAGUUGUGGGAGACAAAUGAUAAGUAUUACGACUACUUGGUCAAAGUGGAGCCCAUACAAAGAGCAUACAAAAAACUCAAUGUGAAUGUUGUGCUAACAGGAAGAAGAAAAUCACAAGGUGGGGCAAGGUCCUCCUUGGCGGUGCUUGAAUUUGAUGAGCCCAACAACAUUCUCAAGGUUAACCCACUUUGGGAUUGGGAUUUCAAAGCAGUGAAGUCUUACAUCGAUGAGCAUAAGGUACCGUACAAUGAACUUUUGGAUUUAGGUUACAAGUCUAUUGGAGACUGGCACUCUACCGUCCCCGUGGCUGAAGGUGAAGAUGAGAGAAGUGGGCGUUGGAAAGAUAAAGUAAAGACAGAAUGCGGCAUACACAUCGCGGAAGAGUUUAAAGAAUUCAAGACUGUAUAG